AUGUUACAAGUUCUUUGUCAAUUACUUGGUACGGAUCAUUUGGAAGAUGUUCAAUCAUGGCUUGUUUCAGCUUCACCAGCUGAAAAAGAACAAGCUCGUACAAUGAUUAAUUCUGCAUUACGUGGAUUAAAAGAAUCUGAACGUACAUCCUCUCAAACUCAACAAUCUGUUGAUCUUAAUUCAUUAUCAAAUUUUGUUGAAAAACAAAAAAAUGAAGAAAAACAUGCCUCGAAAAAAUUUAUUCAAGAUACUCUUAAUCGAUCUGCACCUGUUUUACCAUCUAUUGAUGAAGAACAACAAACGGAUAUUAGUUUAAAUGAUACAUGGAAUGGUGGAGAAUACAAUAAUGAUUAUUUAAAAUUAUCACCACAAAAUGCAACAACUUAUAAACGUGCUUAUCAAAAUUAUCAUCAACGAUCACAUACAUCAUUUGACGAAGGAUCAUUAAAUAAGAAAAAUGAUUCAUAUCAUAAAGAUGAACAUAAUCAACAGGAAGAUGAUCAUGAAGAAUCUAUUGAUACAAUACAACUUCAUGAUGAUCGACGACGACCUCGAUCAGCAUCAUCAACAAAAACAAAAACACAAUCAAAAAAACCUCAAUCACCUAUUGGACGACCACCUUCAAGUCACAAACAAAGACAUCGUAUUGAAUCUAUUCAAUUCAAUGAUGAUGAUGAUGAUGACAAUCAUCAUUUAAACAAUAUCAAUGAAAAUAAAAAUAAAAAUAAAUAUCACAAAGAUGAAAAUAGUGAUGAUGAUCAACAUCAACAACAACAAGAAUUAUUUUCAUCAUCACAUAAAAUAAAACCAUCUUCAAAUCAAGAUGAUGAAAGUAAAUCACGUAAAAUUCGUGAAUUACAAAAUAAAUUAUCUCGUCAAGAAGAAGAAUCAAAAAAGAAAUUUAAUGAAUUACAAUCAAAACAAUCACGACUUGAAAAUGCAAUUAAAUUACUUGUUAAACAAACUUCAUCAUAUAAAAAACGUCGACAACAAACACAUGAUCAUGUUGAAGAUUUAGACACACCUGUUGUCAAUGUUAUCAUUCAAUCACCAAGAGAUGCUGAUCUUCAUGAUAAAUCAAAUGAAACAAAUUCAGUAGGUAAACACCAAGACCUAUCAUCAAUUCGUGCUAAUGAAAAGUCUAAGAAAAAUCGAACUGGUAAUAACAAUACCAAAAUUGGAGAUUAUAAUAUUCAAGAUGUCAAAGUACAAAUCAGUCUUUCUCGUCUAGAUAAUCAACCAGCCAAAGUCUAUUCCGGUGUAUGGAAACCCGACAUAUCGACACUUCAUCGUCUUCAAGGAAAUUAG